AUGAAAGACGUUACUCGUUUUAAUGAAGAGCUGAUGUUACAACAGAAUAAUAUUUUGCUUUUAAAGAAAAGUGCAGAUGUCUGGCAAAGAAAAUUUAUUGAAAAAGACAGAGAACUGAGCACAGCACAGCAACAUUUAAAUGACUCAAAUGUCAGAUGUCAGGAGUUGCAAGGUCAGAUUAAAAUUUUAAGUGCAAGAAUCCUCAAAGAAGAACAGGAAAACAAAACAUUAAAUGACAUUUUUAGCAAUCUGGCAAGAACAUUAAACGAGGAAAGAACUAGGUUUGAUAGAGAUGACAGAAGUUUGAAAAAAAAGAUUGAAGAGCUAAAGAAGGCCAAUCAGUGGCUGGUGAGUUAA